AGCAUUUAAAACAAUUUUUCUAAAUUUGAAUGGGAAGAAAAGCCCACAAUACAAUCGUAUGUAAACGCCGAAUGCUGGUAAACAGCGCCCUCUGCUGUUACCCUGACUGCCCUACACGUGAAGUGCUAGUCGCCGCUUCCGCCAUUUCAAACGCAACAUCCGGUUGUGCAGCAGCCAUUUUGUCUGUUCAGGCAAGUCCACCCCACACGGUCAAGAACUGACGUUCCCCCUUGGAAAACAUUUCAGAAAUAUCACACUCGAUACUUUUCCGUGUCAUCUAUGGAAGUGGGAACGGGCUGAAAAAAUACCUUGUUGAAUUCUACGCUCGAGAAUAGCUCUCACUGGCUGAUGUGUCUCGUUUCCGUUGAGUGAGCUUCAUUAAUCGGGGUUAUGUCGAGCGAGGAGAGUUACUUAGCCAUUCAGCGCUACCUGACGGAUGAACGUGAGCCUUACGCACCGGGCACGCACGGCAACACCAAGAGAAAGAUCCGGAAAGCAGCUGCUUGUUACAUAGUGCGAAAUGGGAUUCUUUAUUAUCAGAGGCGGCAGAAAGGCCUGGAUGAAUUCACGGAGCUUGAAGUGGUGCUGCAGGCCGAGAGACGGAAGGAACUCAUCACGGAGGCGCACAUCACGUCCGGAGGGGAACACCUCAACCAGCAGCAAACAUGGGAAAUCAUCUCCCAGAAAUACUGGUGGAGAGGUGUGCUGAAGCAGGUGAAGGAUUGCAUCAGAGAGUGCAGUCACUGCCAAAGCAAGCAGGAGAAGAUGAGAGGCAAUGCUGAAGAGGCCACAAAACAAGCAGCUGUCCGGCAAGCAAGACGAAAGACCUCCGCCUGUGCCAGUGAGGAAGAGGACGAUGAGGCACAUGAUGAUUUGGAUCUGGAGCAGUCCAGUGCACCUGAUAAACACGAAUUGGUGUUUGUGGACAGUAAGGGAAUUGUCAAGCAGUUCUUACCGAAGCAUGGGCAGACGAUGCUGGACAAGUUGAACCAGCAGCGACUGAAUAAUGAGUUCUGUGAUAUCACGCUGCUCAUUGAGGGUGAGGAGUAUCGCACACAUAAAGCUGUCCUGGCCUCCUGCAGCGAUUAUUUCUACGAGCUCUUUGUGGAAAAGGGUGCUAUGUCCAGUCAUGAAGCUGUCGUUGACCUCUCUG